CAAACCGAAACCACAUGCCGCCCUACAAAGCCCAACCAAAGCAUCCAGACUGGCCCAAGCCCAAGCCCAAGCCUAGCCCGUGUCUCCGGUUCCCUUCGUCACCCGCGCGUCAACCUCCGCAUCCUCGAUUCCCCAUUUUUGCCCUCGCCGCGCCUCGCCGAUCCCCACAGCCCAGCGCUCCCACCGCCAUGCCGGCAGCCGCCGCGCCCGCGCCCGCGCCACCGGCGCCGAGCCUGGACGCGCGUACGGGUGGCCGCGUACUGCGCCGAGCGGCGGCGCACCUCCUCUACCCGGCCUCGCUCCCGCCGCUCCUCCUCGCGGCGCUCCUCCUCCUCCUCUUCCGGUCAGCCCUCUUUGCUGGCACGCUUCGCCUCUCCUCCUUCGCGGACCGCGAUCCCGCCCUCCGCUCCCUCCUUCUCCGCCUCUCCCCUCCCGCCCAGCCCUCCCCGCCGGUUCCGCAGCACCACCUCCCCCGCCGCCGGUCCCCCUUCACUUCCUCUUCGUCCUCCCUCUCCGACGACGACUUCCUCGUCGGACCCUUCGACCCGGCCACCUCCGCCCCCUCCAGCCGACGCAACGCCUCCUAUCACAACAUCUUCUUCACCUCCUUCUCCACCCCCAAACCCUACCCCGUACCCCUCUCCCAGCUGCUUUCCGCAUCCGUUUCCCCUUUCCUCCUUGCCAUCCACAACGAGACCUCCUCGCCGAAGCCUGCCUCGCCCCGUGGUGGUGAGCUCAGGCUGCUCGACCUGACCAGGCGCGAUGCUGCAGCGAUCAUCAACCUCCUCGCUCUGCUCUCAUCUGCUCAUGUGCUCGCUAUCCUCGGGUACAUCACUGUGCACUCCAUAGCUCUGGGCACGGUGUUCGCUUCUGUAGCGGGGCGCCACCUGCCUGAACGGCGGCGAGGGUUCUUCUUCUCCGGUGUGGCAAUGGGCGCUAGGAGGCUCACAGGGUUUGCAUUCCUGCGAUGGGCGACUCGGGAUGCAGUUGUGCAGAUGCUCUGCCUCUGGUUCUUUGCUGAUGUGCAUGACCAGGCGCAGCUGUUCAGGCUCUUUGUGGUCGCCAAGCUCAUGCCUUUUUCGGCAUCUGCAAACCCAUGGCUUGCUGCAGCCAUUUCUGGCCCAGAGCUUGAUGGCUUCUUCAUUGCGUGGGCUCUUCUUGAUGCUGUUGUAUCGGUGUUGUUCACGGUCGUGCCAUGGGUGGUUGCAAUGGAUCGUGAUCCGCGUCCGCCUGGCCGUAAUGCUGUGAAGGAAGGCUGCUAUCUUGUGUCAUUGAUGGCAACCGAUGCCACCUUGAUCAAGUGCUGGGAGACAGUGGUGUGUGGCAGCAUGGGGCGGCUCCUUAUGGUUACAUUUGGUGGCAAAGUUCUUGGCGGGUUCCUCCACUCAUUUGCAGAGGUGUACUUCAUGGUGGUUUGGCUGAUGUUCUACUUUGCAGCAAGGUGCAAGGAGUCACGAUUGGGUGGCCGUCAGUUUGGACUGGAGGAUGUGGCAGCUGCUCUCAAUUGAUUCAUUCAAUGGUGGGUUGACAUGGCCAAAUCACAGUCUAACAUGGAGGCAAAUCUACCUGUCGAUGCAUGAACAGAGAUCAGGCACUUGAAGUGGACCAUCCCUGAAUAUCUUGCUUGCGACAUUCCUGAUGAUUGCCAUCAGGCCGUUGAUGCUGAUAUUGAGCGCUGGCCUCACUACUAGGGCACUUAUCUAGCAUGUCAAUGGGCGAGCUGCUCCAACACGGGGCAGGGAAGUGUGAGCUGGGUUGUCGAGCACAGGGGAGGCCGAGCGCGCAGGUGUGGGCGAGCACCGGCGGCGAGGUGCGGUGGCUCGCGCAGGCAUCUGCGAGGCGAGCUGAACUGCGCCGGUGCGUGCUGGCAAGCUAGGACUAAGAGCUGCGGUGACUCGUGUAAACAUCCGCAACGUACGACGGCGAGCAGCCGUGAUGGCAAGAACGAGCAUCACGAGCUAGUUUCGGGGCAAUCAGAUGCAACCUAUCCAUAAACGCAUCAGAUUAGUUAGAUUGCAUUAAGGGUACUUUGGUCCUUCCAAGUGUCAAAUAAUGAAAAAGAAAAGGAAAAGCAAUGAAAAAAGGAAAAAUGGCAUAGUAGUCAAAAUUUACACGAGCUGGGUGGCAUUUUUACAAAGCCAAUCUUGAAAGUGGUAAUUUUACGAAGCCCCAUGUUGAAAGUGGCAAAUAACCGAUAUAGGUAUCCUCAUAAGGCAUAUCAAACAUAAGGCAUGCUCAACAGCUGAUAUAGGUAUGCAUGUUAAAACUAACACACAAGGCAUUGAGAAA